AAUAAAUACUAUAUUUUGGUAACCGCCGGUCCCACACAGUCUUCACGCGAAGCUUAUUCGAACCAACCAUAAAAUAAAAAAAUAAAACGAAAUUAAUUAAUCUCGCCUUAUAUAUAGGAACUCCACAUAAAUUACAAAAUAUAGCAAAAUAAACUUUUGCCUUCUUCCCCAAGUUUCUUUCCAAUAUUCCUGUAAAUAAUUUCUUUCAUAUAUUUUGAUCGGAGCAAGUUAUCGAGUAUGAUGACCCGUGGAGCAACAAGGAUGACCCGACUAAUGAUGGGUCAUAUGGGUCCACGUUACUUUUCAACUGCACUUCUGCGAAGUGAUGCCGGAGCCGGAGUUUCCGGUGUCGUCGGUGCCGGAAUGUUGCAUCGGUUUCCGGCGAGUCCGUCGGAGAAAUCGGUGGUGAAUUGGGCUAGGAAUUAUUCGGUGAUGGGUUCACGUAGUGCUAGUACUGUGGCUUUGAAUGAUGAUAAGCAGCCAGAGAAGGACCAGAAAGCGGAGAACGGCGGCGGUUCUGCGGCGGCGGCGUCAGGCGGUGGUGUUGAGAAAUCUGUAGUGAGUUAUUGGGGUGUUCCGCAGACAAAGGCUACUAAACCUGAUGGUACUGAAUGGAAAUGGAAUUGCUUUAGGCCAUGGGAGACUUACCAAGCUGAUACGUCAAUAGAUCUGACGAAACACCACGCGCCAGUUACGUUCUUGGACAAAUUUGCUUAUUGGACUGUUAAGUUCCUUCGAUACCCCACUGAUAUAUUUUUUCAGAGGAGAUAUGGUUGCAGAGCAAUGAUGUUAGAAACAGUGGCAGCAGUGCCAGGAAUGGUGGGAGGUAUGUUGUUGCACUGCAAGUCAUUGAGGCGAUUCGAACAGAGUGGUGGAUGGAUUAAAGCUCUACUAGAAGAAGCUGAAAAUGAGAGGAUGCAUCUCAUGACUUUCAUGGAAGUUGCUAAGCCAAAGUGGUACGAGCGAGCUCUGGUCUUUGCAGUGCAAGGUGUCUUCUUCAACGCUUACUUUGUUACUUAUAUUCUUUCUCCCAAAUUGGCUCAUCGUAUCGUGGGGUAUCUGGAAGAAGAAGCUAUCCAUUCCUACACCGAGUUCCUCAAGGAAUUGGACAAUGGCAACAUUGAGAACGUCCCUGCUCCUGCUAUUGCCAUUGAUUACUGGCGCCUGCCUAAGGACUCCACUCUCCGCGAUGUUGUCUUGGUUGUUAGGGCUGAUGAGGCUCAUCACCGUGAUGUCAACCACUUUGCAUCUGACAUUCAUUACCAGGGACAACAGCUGAAGGACUCACCGGCACCACUUGGGUAUCACUAAGCCACUAAUAAAACAGAGAGAUCAGAGAUAUCAAGCUAAAAGUCACUGUUAUGUUCUUUUUUGGACUGGUAAUAGACCUAUGUAGUAGGUACUACUAAUCUUGAGUGUUGAUGUACAUAUUUUUGUGUGGAUUUGGUUGGUUCUUUGCUGCCUCAUGAAUCUCUUGAGAUUUGAGGUAGAGUACGAUGAGCUCUGUAUGAUUGGAGGAUAUUAGACAUUCUUGAUGAAAAUAUAUCAUGGUUUGUUUACUUUGCCA